GCGGUUCUGUUUUUUUUUUAUAAUGCCACUUCCAAGAGGAGUUUACCGUGCCGAUCACGUUGGAUCAUUCCUUAGACCGAUAGCAGUAAAAAAGGCUCGUCAAGACUUCGCUAAUGGACGAAUAUCCUCAAGUGAAUUGCGAGCCGUAGAAGAUCAAUCAAUUAGCACAAUUGUUGAGAAUCAGCUCAAAUCAGGCAUACGAUCCAUCACCGAUGGUGAAGCACGACGAGCCUGGUUUCAUUUCGAUUUCUUGAAACAACUCGGAGGAAUUGAAAUACAGGGGAUGAUAGAAUCUAGUGCACGAGCCUCAGAUGGUUACUCACCACCUAGGCUCGUUGUCACUGGAAAGCUGACGUACGAAAAACCAAUACAAGUGGCUGACUUUCAGUACCUGAAUACUCAGAUUAAAUCUACAGCGGCCAAGUUCGGUGAAGGAAACACUUAUGCAACACCGAAAGUAUCUAUCCCGUCGCCGACAAUGGUGCAUUUCAGAGGUGGAAGGGCAGGUAUCGACAUUGAUAGUUAUCCGGAUUUGGAUAUUUUUUUCGCUGACCUGGCUACAGUCUAUCAAAUGGAAUUGGCGUCUCUGUACGAAGCCGGAGCAAGAUUUGUCCAGUUCGACGACACAAAUUUGGCGUACUUAUGUGACGAAAAAAUGAGGAAGGAAGUUGCAUUACGUAACGAUGAUCCGUCGACGUUGCCUAGAAAGUAUGCUCAGCUCAUCAACGAAGCCAUAUCGAAGAGGCCGGACGACAUGACUAUUGGCAUUCAUUUGUGUAGAGGAAAUUACAAAUCACAAUGGUUUGCCAGUGGAGGCUACGAACCCGUAGCAAAAGUUCUGUUCCAAGAGUUGAACGUUGACGUUUACUUCCUUGAGUAUGAUGAUGCCCGAUCAGGAGAUUUCGCACCGUUAAGAUUUCUGCCAGAGAAUAAAAUUGUGGUCCUGGGACUAAUGAGCUCCAAGAAACGAUCACUCGAUGACAGGGACACUAUCAUCAAAAGACUUCGGGAAGCCGCAGCCGUAUGCCCCAGAGGACUGGAUCAACUCUGUCUGAGUCAUCAAUGUGGAUUCAGUUCAACAGAGGACGGGAACGAUUUGACUGAAGAAGAACAAUGGGAAAAGGUAAGACUUGAGGUUAGCAUCGCUAAAGAGGUGUGGGGAGAUGAUUUGUCAAAAUAAAUGAGAUUUUAAUGUCACAUUUUGUAAACCUAGCAGAUAGUUGCAGAUUAUAAAACUGUGAAAAUGUAAAAUGAAAUAUCAAUUGAAACAAUACGUUAGUGCGGGUCAAAAUAAAAUUUUGAAACGUCAUACUAAAUACACCAAAGUGACUUUUUCCGAACAAUCAAAAUCUUUCAACUUACUCUGUAUGUUUCUAUCUAUUUGUCUAUUUAUCUAUCGACGGGCUAUCUCAGAAAGUAGUCAGCGGAUCUUCAUGAAAUUUUACAGUAACCUCAGGGUGGGCUUAAAAAUGAAAAUGUA